GUGGUUCCGCAGCGAUACUACGCUCUCCUUCGAGUCUGGCUGGCACGACUAAAUUUUACUGAGUUGGACUUUCAUUGUGUUAUAUAACCGAUACAAUGGACAUAUUACUUUUGUUCUCUUAAACGCGAAAAACGUUAAAGUCUCGAUUUCAAGGGGUUUUCAGGAUUUAACGCUACGGUGGACCAACGCGUCAUCAUGUUCCACAGAUAUUUGGAUAUUUCCCUGUUCAUAUGCCUGUCUGUAGCGUUCGUCGGAGUUGAAAAUAAAUUAGAGUUUUUACCUGCACCAGAAUAUGUGAACCUUUCGUGGACGUCGGAAUUUGAUGUUAAGGUCACAUGGAAGGCACCUCGGGACUUGGAUCCAAGAUGUAAAGUUAAUUACACUUAUGACACAGCGCAGAACUGUUCAACGGCAGACAUUGGGAGUCACAAAACAAAUAACUUACAUUUCAACGAGAGCAUUACAACGGAACAUGGAAUUUGUUUCAGACUGAGAACUGUGCCUGCAGCCCAGACUUGUGACAAAUUCAAGAGCAAACCUGUGGACAUAAUUGUUCCGCCACACAAAGCCCUGGUGGAGGAUUUCAAAUGCAACUAUUCCUGCAUGAAAGCAUUUACCUGCACGUGGACUCCUGUCAGCAAUCUCCCAGACCUCAAGAUGUAUUACCGGUAUCGCUCAUCUCCACAUCUGUUUCCAUGUUCUGAGUACCAGUAUGAUGAACUGGUUAAAACAGGUUGUAAACUGAGUGGAAGUUUUCAGGAGGUUAUAGAUGUGUUUUUCCUGAUAAAUGGAACACAGGAUGGCAAAACUGUUCGAAAUACUUUUCAGAGGAGCCCAAACGAUUUAGUUAAACUCAAACCGCCUAAACCUGACGUAAAGCAGGAUGGAAUCAAGCUUCAUUUUGAAUGGACAGAUAACAAUGACUGCUCAGAGUGCCUGAAGUACCAGUACACGUACAAGAAAUGUAACAGUACUUACCUAAGUGAAGAGACUGAUAAACGUCAAGUGGAAUUGGAGUAUGACUUCGCCUGUCAGUACAAGUUCAGAGUGAAAUCAAUCUACAGCAGUAUUUGUGGUGAAGGAGACAGCGUGUGGAGUGAGGAGCUGAUCUUUGGUGAAGAUAGGGAUCCGAAAGGUUUUUCACUGGUGGCCUUUAUUGUCAUCCCAGUUACGCUGUCACUCUGUCUUAUCUUGGCUCUGGUCCUGUUUAGGAGACACAGGCACAUCAUUCUCCCCACGAUUCCAGAGCCGGCUUUAUUCUUCAAAGACAUGUUCGGCAAUAAGGAUCUGGCGGAUGUGAAGAGCGUAGGUGUACAGAAUCUCUACGUGCCUAUUGAGGAGGUAGUCGAGAGUAAGAUCACUUUGGAACCAGAACCCUCGCAGCUCCUGAAUCUCUGAAUCAUCACAGCCACUGAAAUGGAAAAAAGCAAUGCCUUUUACAGGUUACUUGCACUGCCUCAAUCUCUUCGUGAUGAUUACGGCUUCGGGGACAGGAAAACUCGACUUGGAACUUCCUUCCACUUU